CCGCCCCCCGAUAGUCAUCCAAACCGUGCGAUGAUAUCGGUAACUAAUAACGGUAGUGUUGCCGCCGGUGUCCACAAUACUAUCAUAACCUCAACAACCGCCGCCGCGGCCGUCAAUAGYAUCGGCGGUACUGGCGGUACACAUAUCAAGCGUAUAAUGAAAGACUUACAGGAGUUUUAUCGGGAAAAYUCUGAGGACAUCUAUGCGGUCGCCGAAGAUAACGACCUGACACGUGUGCACGCAUUGAUACGCGGACCGCAGGGAACGCCCUACGAGAAAGGCUUCUUUUAUUUUGUAUUAAAAUUUCCGACUAACUAUCCGUUAAGUCCGCCGUCAGUCAAACUGAUGACCACCAAUGCCGGUACUGUACGCUUCAAUCCCAAUCUGUACGCUUGCGGUCGGGUAUGUCUGAGCAUACUGGGCACUUGGACAGGUCCGGCCUGGACGCCGGCACAGACACUGUUUACAAUACUACUGUCCAUACAGUCGCUGAUGAACGACAAGCCCUAUCAUAACGAACCGGGCUAUGAAUUGGACGAACAUUAUCUAAUGUUCGGUAACAAUGAUGGCCGUAAUGUUCCGAACAGUCUACUGGAUCCKGCCGUCAAUAGCUAUAACGAUAUUAUCGGYUACGAAACCAUACGGGUGGCCGUCGUGGGUAUGCUAGACCUGAACAGUGUGGACGCCCGUAAUAUGCCCGUAGUAUUGCGCAACGUUAUGCUGGCCGCUUUCCGAUCGGAUUACGACUAUUUUGAACGGACAGUCCGAUCGCGAUCGGCAACAAUGGACGGCCAGCGACCGUCGGAUCCGUUUGGCGAUUGCGAUCGGCCCCAGACCUUUGAAUAUGGCAAACUGUCGGCCCAAUUGGCCGGUUUGAUGACAACCUACGAUAGUAUUGCCAAUAGUUUGGUCUCAGGGGAGGAGGUGGCGGCUGCGGCGGCAAUGGUUACCCAUAAUAAUACAAAUUUAUCGGUAAAUCUAAGGGACAGCCAAUUGGCUAAACCGUAUUUUGAAAUGGUAGACAAAAUAUUGGCGCCGCCGCCGCAGAUAGUGUCCAAUAUUGCCGAUAACGGCGGCGGCGGCGAUGAUGAUGAUGACCAGGGUUGGGAAUCAGAGGGCAAUGAUGACCUCAUUUAUGAGGAGGACAACGAUGAUGAUGAUGAUGGUGCUGGUGUUGGGGAUAGGGAUACAUUGAGGGACGGUAUGAUGGAUCUCUAAACUGUGUGGUUACCUGCCCACCCCCUCCCUCUCCCCUAUAAUCAACAAUGAUAUGUAUUUGUGAUACACAUUAAUUAUAG